UGCAACGACGCCGUUUUGGUAAGGAGUGGCAGCAGCUGCACUUCUAGGGGUCUAUCUCUCGCGAUUCAUUUGGAGAAAAAAAGAAAAAAACACUCUCUCAAGCUCGAGCAUUUGAAGAAAGAAAACCCUCUAGGGCUUGGUUCCAUAGAACGCGAGAGAAAUAGAACUUCAAUGGCUUUUGAUGGUGACCCUGACCGGUGGAGAAGAAGCCGUGACCGAAACUGACCGGUGGAAAGGCAAAGUUGAUCGGAGGGUUCUUAUGUAUGAAGCACGAGGAGCAGCUGCUGACCGUCUGAUGAAGAGCUUAAAAGCGUAGCAAGCAAGUUUCUUUUCUUUUCCUUUUUUCAUUUUCUCUUUUCUUUUCAACCCUAUAUAAAGGGGUUUUCUGCAAUGUAAACAGACUCUUAGACACUCGAACAGACACUCUGCCAUUUUCCAUUUUAGUUUUAGAUAGUUAGGGUUUUCGUUUGUUUUAAGCUUUUGGAGCGCACACUGACGGUGGUGACAGUCCGCAGUGACUCCAAUUGCACGUUUGUUUGGCAUUUAACAUUUUUCCAUAACUAAGAGUCAAAUUCGCACAUGGGAAAUGAAGUUUAGUUGAUAUUUAUUCAAGACAGCAGGCGGAUUUUAAAAUCUUGCACACCACACCAGUUCCGACGGAGGAAAAUGUGCAAAAUGGCUCCUUGACUUCACACAAUGUGUUCUCAAUUUCAAUCCACAACCUUGAACAUUGUGCGAGGGUGAAAAGAAACAAAAAGUUGUUUUGAAAGUUGAAAGGGUUGGAUUGAGAGAAAUGGGUGGGAGCAAGAAAAGGAAGAGAAACAAACAGCAACAAGAAAGCAAUGACAUUGUAUAUUCAGAAAGCCAACCAGACUUUGCUCAUUUGGCAAUUCUCUACCCUUCCUUCCAGUCAUUCGUCCAACCCUCACCUCCUCACAUGCGCCUCACCAUUGAUUGGACUGACUUCAACGCCACACGUGAACUCACACGGAUCUUGCUCCAUCAUCGUCACACUUUGACUUGGUGGAUUCCUGAUGGACAACUCUGUCCCACUGUGCCCAACCGCUCCAAUUACAUUCACUGGCUUGAACAUCUUCUUUCAUCUAACAUCAUUCCUGGGACCAUUUCAAGUGAUUCCAAGGUCAGGGGAUUCGACAUAGGAACGGGAGCUAGUUGCAUUUACCCUCUUCUUGGUGCUUCCCUCCAUGGCUGGAGUUUUGUUGGAUCAGAUGUGACUGAUGUUGCAAUUGAGUGGGCAGAAAAAAAUGUUAGUAGUAAUCCACAUAUUUCUAAUCUGAUUGAAAUCAGAAGGGUUCAAGACAAUAAUGCUCCUCCCUGUGUGGAAGUUGAAGAUUUAGUGAACAGUGACCAGAUAGCUUUGUGCAAGAAAACUGAUAUGGAGGUAGCUCCUUUGCCUCUUGAUUUGCAUGCCUGUGAGAAUAAGAGUUAUCGUGGACCUCCCAUACUUGUUGGUGUGGUCAGGGAUGAUGAGAAGUUUGAUUUUUGUAUGUGCAAUCCACCAUUUUUUGAAAGUUUGGAGGAAGCUGGACUCAAUCCCAAAACGGCUUGUGGUGGAACUUCUCGUGAAAUGGUUUGUCCUGGUGGUGAAAGGGCCUUCAUUACUCGUAUCAUUGAAGAUAGUACACAAUUGAAACAGCAUUUUCGGUGGUUCACUUCAAUGGUUGGUAAAAAGUCAAAUCUUAAGUACCUCGUAUCAAAACUUUGGGGGGUUGGUGUUUCCAUAGUGAAGACAACUGAAUUUGUUCAAGGCAGGACAUACCGGUGGGGGCUUGCUUGGUCUUUCUUGCCACCCGUGCAGAAGUCAUCAAUUUCUUUAUCCAAUAAAAAGAACACAUCCUUCACGCUUGAGGGUCUUCAACGCCAACAUGGUGCCAUUAAUGUGUUGGAAAGUGUUAAGUCUCACUUUUCUUCAUAUGGUCUAUCCUGUUCAUUGAAUACCUCCUCUUUCACAGUGGAUGUUGCAGUAACAAAAGAUGAUUGUGAUUCAAUCUUGAGGAAUGAAUUAACAAUUUUCAAUGAUUCCACUGAUUGCCAACCUACAAGAGAGACAUCUAAUGAAUCUAGUUUGAAUUUUUCUCUUGAGAGAUUAUGCUUUCGUAUAUCAGUUUUUCAGCAAAUCCCUGGGACACUAUUGGUAAAAGGUUCGUUACAAGACAAGCAUAGCCCGUUAUCAGGAGCAUUCUCUGUGAUUUUCCAAAAAUUAGAGGAAGCUUUGCGGAGUAAAUUUUGUACUAAAUCACUGUAGGUUUUUUAUUAUUUGAUGAGAUGUUCUUGAAUGCUACUUUGCGGACUAAUGGUUUAUACAAAGCAAUUAGUGAUGGUUUUAUUUUGUUCACCAAACCACAGUUGGAAAUUGUAGCUUGUGCGAUCCGAUUUUAAAAAUGCCAAGGGAAAUUUUGGAACUAUUCUUUGGGACUUUUGGAAGAACACCUUGCAAAUUGAAGAUUCUCCACAAAGGCACUUUAGGAUUAGUCAAUUUUUAAUUUAGUAGAUUAGACUUUUUAAUUUAAGUUUUGUAUAAUUUUGGGCUUAUUUUUGUUAGGUUAGACUAAGCCCAAUUGUAAAAAAAAUAGUGACAUGGCUCUAGGGUUUAAAAAAAUGUGUGGACCCCACCAUGGGAGGUAAUUUUCAGACCUAGGGAUUCCCAUUCAGCAGCCGUCACUUACUGGGGGACGGGGUCUUUGGCUGGAAUGUUUUUGAGCUUUGAUGGGUUGUUUUACGGUUUAACAGGGGAAUGAGGAGAAAAAUACACUUUUCCUUUGUAUUUUGAGGACGCUGAACUACAUAAUUUUGAGAAGCAUUUUCUUUCUUUCA